GCAUGCACAGUUGCUUGAAUACUGUUUGUAAAAGUACUGAAAUAUGCCUAUUGAUAAAGUAAGUAAACAACAAGUAAUGUAUUUAUGUUUUUGCAGGUAUGGAGCUUCUUGUACAAUUAAGCUGUUGGAUGUUGGAAGCUGUUACAAUCCAUUCUCAGUAUACAGUGAUCUAGAAGUUACAGCCAUUGAUCUUUGUCCAGCUUUGGAGAGUGUUGCACAAUGUGAUUUCUUGAACUUACAAGUUACUGUAAGUGAAAACAAGGAUAAAAGCAGCAAUGUGGAGGAUUAUGGAAAGAAUUUCCCACAAUUACAUCCAGAGAAAGAAGUGUCAUCUGAAGAUUCUGGUGAAACCUCAGAAGCCAGAGGACCAGUGAAUGAUAAUUCAAGGACAAAGUUAAGCGAGUGUCCUCUCUUAGAUGAGAAGAAACUAAUUUGUGAUAAAAAAAUAACUGAAGAAAAUAGAAAUGGUUGUAAACCUGAAGAGAGCAAAAUUACUAAUUGUAUUUCAUCUCUAGAAAGUAAUUCAUUUGAUGUUUUAGUGUUCUCUCUCUUUUUAGAAUAUAUUCCUUCUCCAAAACAGAGAUUUCAGUGCUGUCAGAAGGCUUACAGUCUUCUUAGGCCUAAUGGUAUACUUUGCAUCAUUACUCCAGACAGUAAACACCAAAAUGCUAAUGUUCACAUAUAUAAAUUGUGGAAAAUGUCUUUAGGAUUUCUUGGAUUUUCAAGAACUAAGUAUGAAAAGCUAACACACUUCCAUGGAAUGGUUUUUCGCAAAGGACUGUGUAAAGCAGCUUGGAAACUAGAUGCUGAGAGAGAAAUUGCUGUUAUGCAAAAGACCCAGGUGAAGAGUAAGUUUGCAGCCAUAGACUAUAGAAAUAUUAGCUCAGAAAUGUAUAUUCCACAGGAUUUUCAGGAAUUUUCAGAAAGUGAAGAGGAAGGGAAGGAAUGAUAAUGGUUUUAAUUCUAACAAUGUUUCUUGUAAAUGCAUACAUACACAUUUUUAUAUAAGUAACUUGCCAAGUAAUUGCAUAGCUGUAAGUUUCAUUUAUUCACAGCAGCUUACAUUAAAAUUUUGCAGUAGUGAAACCAAUGUUCCGUUUAGGUGACCAGUAUCACCUCUUAACGAGAUGGUUAGGAAUGAAUCAGCAGACAAUCCUCAUUCCGUUUCUGUGACUCCUGGUGAUCAUUGGGUGUGGCAGCAGUUGUUCAUUUUUUGCUACUUAUUUAAUUGGACUUUAAUGUGAGUAGCUUCAGUUGAAAGCUUCAGGAUGAGUUUUCCCCUUGUUUCGCUGUUUUUAAAUAGAGUCUAGUAUAUCAAUCAUUUGCUUGUAGUUGAUUAAUUCAACUACCCCUCGCCAAGUGGCACACUAUAACGUAAACAUUGGUUUGUUUCCGAACCGAUAUUUAUGUUCGCUACUGAUCUGUUAUUGAAUAUUGCUUCAGUGGGAACUUUACAAGCUUUUCUUGAAUUCAUUUUUACAGAGAGUAAUGCAACAAUGUAAAGCUACUAGCAGUGUAAUAAUGUAAACAUUUUGUUGCUCAGUGGCGUGAUGAAGCAAAAUUGCAUUCGCUACCAUCUUUAUCAAGUAGCUUAUGUAUAAUGUAAACAUUGAUUCGCUACUAAACCAAUUUCAGUAAUGAAAUACAUUUCUGCAAUGGAUUUCUUGCAAGAUUAGUAGUAUUUCAUUGUUUAGUUAGUAAGUUCUGAUUUAAUUUUAUUACAUGUUUCACUUCAUAGUGAAUUUGCAGGUAAUUGCCCACUACUAUAGCAAAUUUUCUUUAAAUUUAAAUGCUUAUCACCCUUUCCUUUCCAGAAUUGUUCAAGUGAAAGGGUACAAUGUAGCAGGAGAGAAUUUUAGCUGUGAUGGGUUUUACAGAGGAUGCUGUCAACAGUCGAGAUCCAUACAUUAACUCUGCUUUAGCGGUGCAUAUGCUGAACCUGAAUCAACACAGAUAGCUCCUAGCCAGCCUGACGACUAGCUCUCCUGAUGCCGAUCAACUACCUGGUUGAUCCUGUCAGUAGUCAUGUGCAGGUCUCAAAUUAAGUCAUGUAUUUUUCAAUGGAGGCCGCAUGCCUGGCACCAUCUACAGUUUUGGUACAUGGGUGCUGAGUGGAAGCUCCUUCUGCUUUUCUCUCCUGCUACUAGCCCUUUAAUUUUAUCCUCUUGCUCCUGCACCUGGCUCCCUUGCUUCCUUCCUGUACCAUUGUCAGACUUGUGAUUGGUUUAGCUGAUGUUAACCUUGUGAUAGUAUAGUGUUGUGCGGUGGAGGAGGUGACUACUCAUCCCUCAAUGCUCCUAGACAGAAAGUCCCUGUCAGACUCCCCUAAACAUGGGAGGAGGCACACUGAAGUCCGAGAGAGGUUGGAGGUUACGCAUAAUAGAGCCUGUUGCGGGUCCCAGGUAUCUCACCCUAUCAGAUCUCCUAACGCCAAUCCCUGUCAAGACACCUCUAAACCUGGAAGAGACAUACUGGUGGUCCAUGGAGUCCUAAGGGGUUUGCCCCCGGAUAGUUACUCCUCGGUCGAGACCUGCGGACAGACAAUCAUUGAAAAGGCAUCUAUAGGGAUGUGCAUUCUUUGUCCUCUAGUCCUAAUUUUCUGGACUGUCAAGUGGAGUAUUGGCCAGAGUCCUCCUGUUGUUUUCAGUUGCCUCUCUUGGAUUUUGGAGUUUUUCUGGCCACCAAAGAGUCACUGCUUUCAGCCAGCCCAAGAGUUCUGCCUUCCUUCCCCCUUCGUGUCUGGGACAUUAAGUUUCUAGACUCUGGCAUCCACGAGACGUUGGCCAAUUUGGACUAACCUAAUAUAGGACUUUUGCAAUGCGUUCUCCAAUUCUCUCUCAGUACUUGCUUUGGCAAUACUUAUACUGAAGUAGAACAAUAUGGAGAUUUACUUGGCCUGUGCACAAGGAUGGCACACAAUCGUGAAGUGUUCCACAUUUUUUGAAGGACGUAAGUUUCUUGGCUCUUCACGCUGCUUCCUGUCAACAGUAAAAGUUUCUUCUCACAACCUUUUGUAGUUUUGUUCUUUGUUAAACGACCCUUCUUUAGUACCUAAGCAAGAAGAGAAGUGCCUUACACCUUCUCAGUCCAAUUUUUCCUGUGAGGUGCAAAUUCCAGAUUACCUGGAUCCAUUCCCGGGCUCUUGGCACCACUUCCUAAUGCACUAGAGUACUCAUCCUUAUCUUUCUAAUUCUCGGCGACCUCCUCUGUAUGUCUGGCGUAAGCUCACAGUGCCCAGAUUAUUAUGGUUAUGGAAUUUUCAAGACGCUUUUAACUUUUCAGAUUUUCAUUUGCAUUCAGUUCUGCUCUUGUUUGUUCUAUAUGAGGGUACUGUCAAGCUCAUGGCUAUCAUAAAUUCCGCAGAGUUGGCAGCAAGUUCGCACAGUUGACUGCGAUUCUGCACAUCCUUCUACAAGUUUGCUGUUUGGCUGCAAGUCUAUAAUCAAUGAGAGGUAUGCCCACAGCUAUUGAAGGGUUUUGGAGAUGUAGGAAGCACCCUUCCUUGUCCCUGCCAGUACAGGGAGUAUCUUAGACCCUUCUUAUGGGACAGGGUCUUCCAAGUGCGAGGAUCUGUGUGUCGACCUUAUGAUGACACGAUGUUUUCUCUGGGGUCCUUGGUCCUCUUGUAUUUGAUGCUUAUAGUUAUCUGAACUUAGCCUUUUGGAAAAAAGUUCCUUCAUUCAUGAACCCAGACAUGGAUUUCUUUUCAAUGCUUGGUUUCUAGAUUGAUGAGCCUCUUUGAAGAACAAGGGAUUCCGAGGGAGUGGUCCCCGGAAAGACAGAUCCUUCACUUUUUUUUUAUAGAGCUGGAAGUUCUACACAACUUCAAUGAUUCUUAAUCUUAGUUCACUCAUAGACUGUGGUAACCAUUCAGACAAGACCACAGUCCUAAUGUUUUAUGUAACAAGGCUCUACUCAUGUCUCUCCACCUUUAUAGGAAGAGUCCAGUCUCUGUGAACAGAUCAGUCAAGUCUUCUAAUUACUUGAUCAGUUCAUAGAACUAAAAGUCCUUUCAGAUGUACAAUGAACCCCCCAUGUUCACGGGGGAUGCGUACCAGACCCCUGUGAAUAUUUAGAAUCCUCGAAUACUUAGAACGCCCCUCUAAAAAUGCUUAUAAUUGCCUAUCUUGAAUGUUUAAGCACCAAAGUAUUUCUAAAAAUACCAUCCAUCAAUUAUACAUUGAAAUAUUAUCCUAUUUCUUUACAUAUUAAUCUUUGAAAUAAUAUUACUAUUUAAAAGUAAAUCUUCAAUUUAUGGUUAAAAAAAUAUAUAUGUAUGUACUGUAUAACUUACGUAGGUAGUUACAUACGUGUGAAAAUAAGUCAGUCCCCCCAUAAGCAUUGAACUAUGCACAUAUUCUUUCAUACAGUUACUAUUCAAGCUGUCUAGUUUUCUUUUUACAAGGAAAAUCACAAGAGAGAGAUAGAAAGAACAAAAUUAUGUAUGAACAUCAAAAAAAUUUAUACGCUAGUACAACAUAGUACUUAAAUAAGUUACUUGUUGUGAUGAAUGUUGAUUAAAGAUGGUGAUGAUGAAUUAGCUGUGUAGCCCAAUGAAUGGUGAUGAGGAUGACUGCACGGCUAAGCAGAGGAGUUGCAUCACCUCUGAGGGCAGCUCUUUACCUUCCGGAGGUGCUUCAGGAGGGACUGACUCAGGUGAUUUGGGAGGCACUUCUUCAGGGGAUCUGGGAGGAACUACUUCAGGGUUUGGGGAGGCUUUGAAGGGUCCUUCUUCAUACAUGUGAAGAACACGGUGAUUGGCAGCUGUUGUCAUUGCUUCUUCAUGGUGGUGAGGGUUUGAUUAUAGGGCUCCAAUGCCAUAUCAAGGAUGUUUGAAAAUUCUAAGGAGUGUUCUAUAUAAGGAUCUCAUGUUGCAACAAACUCCUGAGCAUUGUUGAUCAUUCUCCUAAAUUGGGCCAGGCAUUCCAAAGUCAGGCCUUCCUCCUUCUGCUCCUGCUCCUCUCUUGAACCUGGAGUGUCUUUUUCCUCUCUGGCAGACUUUGUCAGGUCUUCCAAAUCCUGGUCUGUCAGGGGAUCAGAUUGGGUGUCAGUGAGGGUGGCAACUUCAUCAACUGGACUGCCUUAUUAAUGGCCGAAUGUUAAAUUUCCUCAGGAGAGAAGCCUGUAUAAUUAUGGACUCCGGCCACAACUUACUCCACCAUGCAUUCAGGGUCUCUUUCUUCAUGUCCUUCUGUGACCAGUUGAUGACGGACAGACACAAGGCAAUCUUGAAUUUACUCCAAUACUCUUUCUGCAUAAUUCACUGUCAUGUUCCAUUGCAUCAACAAGGUGCUGGAGGGAGUUCCCAGUGUAGAGUGCCUUGAAGGCAUAGAUCACACCUGGUCCAUAGGCUGGAGGAGAGAGGUGGUGUUGGGAGGGAGGAACUUGAGCUGGACUCCCUUGUAAUAAAGAUCGAAAGGGUGGCCACCAGCAUUAUCCAUAGUCAGCAACACCUUGAACUCCAUGUCUAAGUCACCAAGGUAUUGGCUAACUUGAGGAAUGAAGCUCUGAUGGAACCAGUACUCUGUAAGGACUUUGGUGAUCUAGGUCUUGAGAUUAAGCAUCCAGAAGACACCUUGUUCUUAUUCUUGAGUGCCCUGGGGAUUGCAGCCUUGUAAAUUAGGCCUGGUUUGGGCAGAAAGCCAGCCACAUUCCCCUAAAUUAGGAGGGUAAGCCUAUCCUUCUGUGCCUUGAAUCCUGAGGCUUUGGUUUCGUCCUUCAUGAGGUACGUCCGGGACGGCAUCUUCUUCCAGAACAGGCUAGUCUCGUCCAUAUUGAACACCUUUACUGGGUGUUAUCCUUUCUUCUGCAGAAUCUUCUUGAAGGUCUUGGGAUAUUUUGCGGCUGCCUCUGUCCUGGGUGAUUUUCCCAUGACAUUAAUCAUAUAACUAGAUUAAUGAAAUUUCAUACACCAGAUUUCCUCAUAGAUGGAUUGGAGAUUCUGAAGUCUUCAUCCAGAUGCAUGUGAUGCUGAUAUAUGGUGAGGAUGAGGGGGGGGAGAGUGAUGAUUACCAAAAAUCUCCUGCCUUAUCCUAUACUUGGGUUGAUAUAGCCUCUAAAAUUCAAUUGUCAUUUUUGAGGGGAUAUUUUGAACCCACAUGUCUCAUUUCUUCGACGAAGAAAAUUCCUUUAUUUUAUGUCUUCUUUAUUUCAUUAGAAUUUCCCGCAGAUGUCAAUCACUGUCUCCAGCACUGGGUCCCUCAAUGGGGAUAUAUCUUCAAGUAUAGAAGAAAUUCAUGACAAAUGGGAAGAGUGGUAAAAAUCUUUGGUGCGUCGUUUCGCUGUAUAUCAGUGCUGCCAAAAAAAUAGGAAUGACUCAGGCAUAUAGAGAAGAAAAACACAAAGCAAGGGGUGGCUACACUGCUAUACAUUUGUUGGUAAAUAAAAUUUUUCUUCUUGUGGUUUUAUAAUCAAUCUUACAGUGAUAAUCUAAAGAAGUUAGAGGAGGAUGAUGAAUCAAUUCGUAAAUAACCAAUAUGAAUUAAAUGAGUAACUUUCUACCGUCACACCCCAUGUAGGGAAACAGACUUUAUGUGGAACUGCUUCUGGAACUGGUGAAACUAUCCUUUGCUUGCCUUGAAACCUUGGGGAGCUGAAGAUGGUCCCAGUUGUGGCUUUUCCUCCUCUUCAUCAUUUUUGUCUUCUUCAGACGCAGGUUCAUCAAAGCUCUAGAAUUCUAAUUCCCCUUCUUUGUCACCUUCCUGUGCCUCUACAUCGUCGCCUUCCGUAGCAAUUUAUAACUGCUGGUAAAGUUGUCUCGCUUUUUCACGAAUGAUGUUGGAGUCAAGGGGCAUGUUCUUCUUCCGACAGUACACCAGCACAGAUUCCAUUUGCAUGAUUAUUUUAUCUCGCACUGUCGACACUGUUUAUGCUGUACCAAAGUAGCUCAUGCCUACACUUUCCAAUUUCACUUUUUUUUUUUAUGUAUCUCACUGUACUUCACAUUAAAAUGGCCGCCACCCGCAGUGAAACUUUUGCCUUCCUUUAACAUAUCGAGAACUUUCACCUCGUCAAACUUUAUACCGCCUUCUUUCUUUUAGGCUCUUUGCCAGAAUCCUUAGAAGGAGCAGGGUGCAUUUUAGGAGCCAUUUUUGGCAUGAUUCACACUGAUAUUUGCUGAUACGUAAAGCACAGAUUUGUGAUCUUGUUCAUGUAUAUCAGUAACACACUACACAGUGAGGCUGAUGAAGGAGAUAUGUGCGAUACUCACAGUUCCAUCUUCAUGAGAUGGGACUCAUGUCAAUCAAUCAAUGCCAAGUGUACAGUAAAUGAGUGCGAAGGAAAAUGAAUGCUGCUCCUGGAUUAGCUGUUUUGCAGAUGAAAGCCAAUAGUGUGUCGAGUAUCAUUUCGUCUGGGUACUGCUCUAAGAAGGUGUCACAGCAUCAUCAUGUUGGUUUAUCUGCAGAAAAUUGGUUGGUUAAGAAAAGCAAAUUAUGUUAUUGAAUUUUGCUGUGUUUACAUUAGUAUAUUACAAAACUGUAGUAUUUGAAAAUUAUUAAAUCUUUUUUUUCAUCACAAAUGUAUUUAGUCACGAAAAUAUACUUAGUAUGUAUGCAUAAAAAUACUACGUACCUUACUAUUCCCGUUGUCCUAUGUAUAGUAUUAGAUAUGCUCUGCAUACUUACCUAAAACACUUUAUGUAUGUACAUAUAGUGUUUAAAAAUCAUCUUAAAAAACAUCUCAUAAAAUGUGCAGUACAGUCAACCUGUAUUUGCAUUCUUGAGAUUUGCGGACUUGCCUGUUCACAGAUUUUUCUGUGGGACUUAGCAUUUUUUUGUAUGCUGAAUAAAUGAUUUACUGAUUUUCAAAUAAUUUUAUUGUAAAUAGCAAUAAUAUCAAUUCAUUAAAGAAAAUACUGUAUGAAGUGAAUUAGUAAGAUUUUAUUUUAUAAAUUAAAAAAUUAUGUAAGAAUGAAGGAAAACCCAGUCUUUUAGUAAGAGACUUGGAGAGAGGGGUGAGGGUGGAGCUUUCAUAAAUGUCAAGAACCCUGACUGCAAGGGUAGGGGAGUGUUGCCAUCUUAGUGAUUCUCUCAUAAUUGCCAUUGAGGGGUCAAAGGAUAUGCUGAAAAAUCUCUCUCUCUCUCUCAGGAAAGUCUCCUUUUAAACAAUUGGUAUCAACACUUAUUUAUUCAUUGAUAAAUAUUCACUAAUUAGUGAAUAUGUAUGAUAUAAAAAUGAUUUACCAAUUUUCAAAUAUUAAUAUUGAUUAAUAUGUACUGCAUUAGGUUUAAUAAGAUUAAAUGAUAUUAAAAAUUAAAAAUAAUAACUCUCUCUCUUUCUCUCUCUCUGUUUUGUAUGACAAAUAAAUGAUUAAAUAUAAGUACUAAUUUUCAAAUAUUAGUAACACUAAAUAAUAAUAAUAAUAAUAAUAAAAAUACACUGUUAUUACAAUAUUUAUGCAUUUCUGUAGUAAGUUAUUUAAAAAAAUAAAAGUAAAUUAAAGAACAGAAUUUUCCCUGUCUUUUGCUUUUCAAGUUGUGAAGCAAGGGCUGUGGUUGGGCCUGUCAGAAAUGUCACUGUACUUGACAGAAAGUGACCUGGGUCCAAAUUGUUGCCAACACCUGAUUAUCUCAUUUCUAUUUCUCUCUCUCUCUCUCUCUGGAAGAGAUAUACAUAUGGGAGGGGAAGAACUUUUGUCUAUAGAGGUUCAUUUAAAUCUAUUCAUAUCAAAUA